CUAGAGUAGACAAACUACCCCUAGCCGCCUUGCACAACUGACACCUCUGCUUCCACUGAAGCUUCCUGCAGGAGUGUAUGUGCCUCUUGCUGCAGACAGCAAUCCUUUUAAAGCAAAUACCACGAGACCCUCAACGCACGCGCUGCGACAACAACGGACAAACCCCACUUUAUUUACUCUCAUGCCCUUGCAACACCACCCUUAUAAAAUCCCGUCCCAUCCGCACUUUUGACACCACGGUCACUCGCUUGCCACUUUCCCAAAUACGAAUUUCUCUAACUCCAGCACAUCUUUGCUUUCUGCCUUUUAGUUGCUUUUGAACACUUUGUUGUUUGUUCUUCUUGGGAAGAGGAGGAGUAGAAGAGGAAUGCAUUAUCAGGGUGAUUCUUGGGGCUACUACGUGCCAACGAGGAGCAUGGGGUCAGACCCAAUGGAGAGGGUGGUGAAGCUGGCCUCAGAGAGCGCAGUGGUGAUAUUCAGUUUGAGCACCUGCUGCAUGUGCCACGCUGUGAAGAGGCUCUUCUGCGGAAUGGGAGUGAACCCAACGGUGUACGAGCUUGACCAGGACCCCAGAGGGAAAGAGAUGGAAAGGGCACUGAUGAGGCUGCUUGGCAACUCACAAGCAGUUCCCGUUGUUUUCAUUGGAGGGAAGCUGAUAGGAGCCAUGGACCGAGUCAUGGCUUCCCACAUCAAUGGAACCCUGGUGCCACUUCUCAAGGACGCCGGAGCUCUUUGGCUCUAAUUAUUCUGACAAUAUUAGAGAAGUAGAUGCUUCAUUAAUAAUUAACCAGGAAUUAAAUGCUGAAAAAAAAUGUAGGAGAGUACUGUCUUCACGAUCUCUAUCCAAUUUUAUAUACAAUUAGUUAGCUAGUUUAAUUAGUUAGUCUGUUAAGCUUUGUUUUCGAAAGGAGAUUUUGAGGUCUCCUAGCUUUGUCUUAUGGCAAAUGGAAUUAAUGUAGCUGAUGCCUCGUUGUAUAGUGAAUGGAUGCUCAAAACUUAUCUUAA